AUGUCGAAUAGGAAAGACCACGGCCUGAAGCAGCACGGCCUGUCGGACGACGCCGUGGAGGCCGGGCACGACUUCAUUCACGACGCCGAGGUGGAGGAGGAGAGGAGACACAGUGGAGACCAGAACACGAUGCCCUCGCUGGCCUCGCAGCAGAAGAAAGGCGUGAACCUCGAGGGAAUGCACCCGAGCGAGCCGGCGGGAAAGGAGAAGACGAGCAAGAAAGCCUAG